AAAACAAAUUUCACAACAGCAAGCAAUAACUUCAAAUUUGCGUCGACCCCACGAUUUGCAACAACGCAUCCUUGAUAAAAUAACAUCCCACUCCAGCCAUCAUGUCUUCACAACAAACUGUUGUCCAUUGGUUCCGCAAAGGUCUUCGAGUGCAUGAUAACCCCGCCCUGGUCACUGCCGUACGUCGCGUUCUAGAUGCACCGAAGCAACACGUUUUGCGUCCCAUCUUCAUUCUCGAUCCGGCCAUCCUGAAGUGGCUCCGUGUUGGGCCCAACCGAUGGCGCUUCCUUCAGCAAACACUCGUCGAUUUGGAUCAGAAUCUCCGGAAGAUCAAUACCAGAUUGUACGUUGUCAGAGGAAACCCAUUGGAAGUGUUUCCGAAGCUGUUCCAGGAGUGGAAUGUAUCCUUAUUAACCUUUGAGCAUGACAUUGAACCUUAUUCAUUGAAGCGUGAUGUUACCGUUCAAGAAAUAGCCAAGAAACACGGCGUUAAAGUACACAUUGAGAAAUCUCUUACCAUUUAUGAUCCAGAUGAAAUCCUAAAGAAGAACGGGGGACGGCCUCCGUUGACCUAUCAGAAGUAUAGCUCUCUAGCCGCAACUUUAAAGAUUCCGCAACCCGUAGAUGUUCCGGAGAAAGUGUCUUCGGACAGUGUUCCAAAACCGGAUGCAAAUGAACGGAAGAAAGCCAACUGCUACGACCCCCCCACGCUUGAAGAACUCGAAGUCAAGCCGGAUGAUGUGGGUGAUUGUAAAUUUCCAGGUGGCGAAACGGAAGCGCUUCGACGCCUGCAUGAGACGAUGAAACGAAAGUCGUGGGUUUGUUCUUUUGAAAAGCCCAAUACAUCACCAAACUCGCUGGAACCGAGCACAACGGUGCUUAGUCCUUAUGUAAAAUUUGGUUGCCUCAGUUCGAGACUGUUUAUGCGAGAAGUGCAGGCAGUGAUAAAAGGCCAGAAGCAUUCUCAGCCACCUGUAUCCUUGAUAGGACAACUGAUGUGGCGAGAGUUUUAUUAUUGCGCUGCGACUGCAGAGCCGAAUUUCGACAAGAUGGUCGGUAAUAGUGUGUGUCUGCAGGUUCCUUGGACUACCAACGAGGAGCACCUGGAAGCUUGGACCCAUGGUCAAACGGGUUAUCCAUUCAUCGAUGCGAUCAUGCGUCAGCUACGGCAGGAAGGAUGGAUUCAUCAUCUCGCUCGGCAUGCCGUCGCAUGUUUCCUAACGCGUGGGGAUCUUUGGAUUUCCUGGGAAGAGGGUCAGCGAGUGUUCGAGGAACUCCUGCUGGAUGCAGAUUGGGCCUUAAAUGCUGGAAACUGGCUUUGGCUAUCGGCGUCCGCAUUCUUCCAUCAGUAUUUUCGGGUUUAUAGCCCGGUGGCAUUUGGCAAGAAGACCGAUCCAGAAGGAAAAUAUAUCAAAAAGUAUGUUCCCGAACUGGCAAAGUAUCCUUCUGGAAUCAUCUACGAACCGUGGAAGGCCAGUUUGGACGUACAAAAGAAACUCGGUUGCAUUAUUGGGAAGGACUAUCCGAAGCGGAUCGUAAUUCACGAAGAAGUGCACAAGCAAAACAUCCAAAAGAUGACGGAAGCCUACCGCAAGAACAAAGCCGUCAAGGAAGGGAUAAUGAAGGGAGAUAAAGAUCCUGAAGCACCCAGUGGCAAGCGCAAAUCCAGCUCUUCUGCAUCGUCGUCCAAAUCGGCGGCGAAAAAACCGAAGCUCAGAGAAACUCUUACCAAGUAUCUCAAAAAAAGAUGAACAUCUCAGUUUCUCUUGUGGCCUUAUUAAGAUCUGUUUUAAUAUUCCGAGAUGUCAAUAAAUCUAAGUAUUUCUACUUGCCUGAGAAGCAAGGACGAUUUCGGCAAAUAAGAAAUAAAAGG